AUGGGGAGAAAUGGCAGUGACCUAAAAUGGGGGGGUUUGAAUUCCGACGAGGAAGCAGCAGAAGUUUUGUCACUCUGUGAUCUACCGCGCAUGGAAAUCAAAGGAGAGAAGCAUGCAAAUCAUGAGAUUAUAGCUCUUGAUGAAACCGAAGAAGACUUCGAGUUCGGUUCAUUGGCUGCUUCUCUUUCGACAGAAUCAGAAAUGUGUGCAGCCGACGACCUAUUCUUUCGAGGCCAGAUUCUUCCUUUACGACUCUCUGUCAGCUCCGACAGCGGAUUGGCCGGAUUUCGUCAAGAUACCCGGAAGAUCAGUAGUUUCGAUUCGAUAUCAGAGUCCUUGGAGCAUAGUUCUUCGUCUAGCGUGAGCAGGAGCAAUAGCUAUACAAGUCACAACUUGUCGGGCGGCAGCUCAGUCCCCGCCAGCAGAUACAAGCCAAGGGUGCACAGCCAUUUUCAUACCCACCCAAGCCCAAAACCUCAAAUUUGGUAUUCUAGUUCUGGUGCUCGGUCUGUAAAUAUUGGUGGUCGGGACCGGAGAUCGACCGUAUGGAGGCUUUUCCGAGUGGGUGUAGUACGGGCACCGGAGAUUGAGUUACAAGACCUCAAACGUCGAAAUAGAAACAAAAGCGAUAACAGUUCAAGUAGUGAUAGUACGAGGAGCAGUGGUAACAGGAGCGGAGACAGUCCCAAUGAGGUCAGAGUAGAGAAAACAACGAGGCAGAGACAGAGAUUUUUGGAUGGAUUGAGUAGCUGUAAGUGUUCAGUUAGUACAGUUGAGGUAGUUAUGAGCAAGGCCAAGAGUAGCAGUUGGGAAUUGAGUGUGAGCGAGAAAGAGAUUAUCGAUACAACUCUUGUACAUCGUCAGCCGCAUCACAAGAAGAAGCAGGCCAUUUCUCACCGUCGCACAUUUGAGUGGCUGAAGGAGCUCUUGAUUGCAGAAGUGCCACGGGGGGGAGCGUAA